AUGUACAAUGCAAAGCUACCAUUGACGGCCUCUUACUUAUUAUCCACCCUGCAGGGACACCCUGAUAUUCAAGUGCUCUAUGCCGUUCCAUAUGCCUUGAAACUCCUUUCUGAAUCAGAACAGGGCCUCGAGUCCUUGGCACGGAUGGAGCUGGUCAUGUUUGGGGGCUCGUCCUGUCCCAAGCCAAUUGGCGACACUCUCGUGAAAAAUGGGACUUUACUAGUUUCCCAUUAUGGAACCACUGAAACCGGACAACUGAUGACAUCCUUCCGAGAGCGCUCAGACCUGGACUGGGAUUAUGUUCGACCGGGUCCCUCCUUGCUGCCAUAUAUCCGAUGGGAAGAGCGAUUCCCUGGCAUCUACGAACUGUCGGUCCUAGAGGGUUGGCCAUCGAAGGUGGCGAGCAACCGCCCCGAUGGAUCCUAUGCGACCAAAGAUCUAUUCGAGAAGCAUCCGACCAAGCCCAAUGCCUGGCGUUACUACGCUCGACUGGACGAUACACUUGUGCUGGAGAAUGGUGAAAAGGCUAACCCUCUCAUUAUUGAAGGUGUGGCUCGUAAUCAUCCGGACGUGGGCGAGGCGAUUGCUUUUGGUGCCAACAAGGAUCGCUUAGGACUGUUCCUAGUCCGUGCAGCCAAUGCUCUGAGCAAGACCGACGAAGAGAUCAUUGAUGCGGUCUUUCCGGCCAUCGAAAAGUGCAAUGCGGACUCCCCAUCCUAUGCUCACAUCUCGCGUGAUAUGAUCCAAGUCCUCCCUUCUGAUACGGUAUAUCGAGCAACAGACAAGGGCACCGUCAUUCGCUCUGCAUUCUAUCGCGAUUUCAAUGAACAGAUUGAACAGGUCUAUGAACUGGGGGAUGCCACGGGUGAUCGAGUCCUUGAGGGAACCGAGUUGAACAUGUUUCUCCGAGAAAGCUUGCUAGAAGUGGCCCCAACGAUCAAUUCGGCUGUGUUGGAUGAUACCACCGACGUGUUCAGUCUUGGUGUGGACAGCUUACAGUCGAUUCGCUUACGCAAAAUAAUCACCAAGACGCUCAACGUCGGCGGCCAAAGACUAUCCCAGAACUUCGUCUUUGAACAUCCCUCUAUUCAACGCAUGGCAGAUGAGAUCACCCGGCUCCGUCUGGGGCUCGAUGCAGACAAAGAGAUUCCCAUCGAGGAACAGAUGUCGCAGCUGAUUGACAAGUAUAGCAACAAUUUCAAGGCGCAUAUCCCAGUACGUCAAACAGUUAAUGGGGAGCGCAUCGCUGUUACUGGGGCUACCGGCUCGCUGGGUGCCCACCUCGUUGCCCAACUGGUUCAGAUGGAACAGGUUCAUACCGUCUUUUGCUUGGUUCGGGCAAAUUCUGCGCACGAUGCCCUUCGCAGAGUGCGCCAAAGCCUUUACGACCGCGGUCUUUUAUACAGCUUAAGUCCGCCUGAUGAACGCAAGAUUGUCGCUUUGCCCGCACAACUCUCCAACACAUCUCGCCUCGGAUUGGAUGAACCCACUUACAAGCAGUUAACUCAGUCACUUACUGCGGUGAUCCACUGUGCUUGGUCUGUCAAUUUCAACUGGUCUCUGGGCAGCUUCGAGGAUAGCUGCAUUGCUGCGACUCGCAAUCUGCUCGACCUAUGUCUGGAUGCACAGGCGCCUAUGCCCGCAAGAUUCUCCUUCUGCUCGUCUGUAAGCACAGUGGCUCGGACCCCUGGCCACUGGGUACCGGAAGAGCUGCCUGAGUCUUUAUCAUACGCCCAAGGCAUGGGCUACGCGCAGUCUAAGCUAGUGACAGAGCACAUCGUCAACCGCGCCGCGCAACACACCAACAUCGCUGCCCGAGUCUUACGUGUGGGUCAAAUUGUUGCGGAUACCGUGCAUGGCAUCUGGAAUGCUACAGAGGCUAUUCCGAUGAUCCUCCAGACGGCGAAGACCAUCAAAGCUCUUCCCGAGCUAGACGAUAUUCUCUCCUGGACCCCGGUUGAUGUCAUCGCAACCAGCGUCGUUGAACUCACCUUGGGAACGAACGUAGCGAACAUCGUCAACCUGACCAAUCCCACACUCAGCCAUUGGACUCGCGACUUGCUUCCGUUUCUGAAAACCGCUGGGCUAGAAUUUGAGCAACUGCCCCAGCGCGAGUGGUUGAAUCGUUUGCGUCAAUCUAACCCAGACCCAGCCGCAAAUCCUCCAAUAAAGCUGAUCGAGUUUUUUGCCAGCAAGUACGACAAUGACCGGCCUAGUCGAGUCCUCCUCUACGACACAAAGAAGGCGCAGGCCGGUGCACCAGCUCUGCGCCAAGCGGGAGGACUCAACGCACAAUUCGUAUCGCGGUUCAUGGCGCAUUUCCAAAACCAAUGCUGGUCAAACAAGGACACAACAUCUAUCUCCAAGAAGUCCCGCGAGGUUAUCUUCCUGGCAGGUCCCUGCGGCUGCGGGAAAAGUACCGCUGCACAAGCAUUGGCGCAACGAUUCAGCAUACUCAUUAUUGAAGGCGACGAUCUCCACUCUCCAGCGUCUCGACAGCGGAUGGCCAACAAUAUUCCUCUCACCGAUAGCGACCGGUGGGACUGGCUGGCUCAUAUUCGUGGAGCGGUGAUGGAUCGACUUCAACACUCAGCAGCACCAGCAGUCGUGGUAACCUGCUCGGCACUCCGGACUAUCUACCGUGAUGAACUACGACGCUUGUCGCGACUAUUUGAUUUCCCCGUCAAUGUUACUUUCCUUAUGUUGUCGAUCAAGGAUCGAGCGCAGCUGAAGGACCGUCUCAUUGCCCGAUCUGCUAAGGAGGGUCAUUAUAUGAGCUCCGCCAUGGUCGACUCGCAGUUGGAUACCUUGGAGAGUCCGUCUGGGUCUGAAGGUGAUGUGAUUUUACUAGAUUCUGAUGAACCGAUGGAGAAGAUGCUUGAGGGAGUACAGGAUGUUGUUCAAGGGCUUCUGGAUGUAUGA